CGAAGAGUGCAAAGCAUUGCGACUCCUUCGUUCAAGAUGAAGAGUCUCAAGCGUGGACUUGCUGCUGACGCAAAUGCUGCCAACAUUGCCAGUAAAGUCUACAUUCGGUCAACGAGGAGUGGCCGAGUCCAGAAAAUUGUCAGAGAACAAUACUUGCGGACUGACAUUCCUUGUUCGUCCCAGCUAUGCUCUGCCUGCGCUGCAACCGCGGUGUCAGACGCAAGUGGACUGGUUCCUAAAUUCAUCCUCUCGAAACGACCGGUCGGAACCAAGGCCUUUCCAAAUGGCCACUACCUGAUGCCUGACACCAACGUGCUUCUCAGUGGCAUGGAUCUCUUCGAAGAUACGGCUCACUUUCACGACGUCAUCGUCUUGCAGACCGUCCUCGAAGAGCUCAAAAACCGGAGCCUGCCUCUGUACAAUAGAUUGAUGGCGUUGACACGGAGCGAGGAGAAGCGCUUCUAUCUGUUUUUCAACGAGUUCAGGUCGGAAACAGCAGUCCGUCGGACCGAAGGAGAGACGAUCAAUGACAGAAACGACCGUGCUGUGAGGAUGGCUGCCUCUUGGUACACUAGCCAUUUGGCCAAAGUGACGAAGAAGCCACCUACGAUUGUGAUGCUCACCAACGACCAGGACAACAGAAGGAAAACGAAAAAGGAAGCAUUGGUCGCGUUGUCUCUGCGGGAGUACGUUGAAGGACUCGACGAUGCAGACCGCUUACUCGACAUGGUUAGCCAAAGUGCCGACAGCCAGGAAGCUCGUCUGGCCCAGGGGGACUUGUUCUAUCCAGAAUAUUAUUCCAUGUCGAGGAUGGCCACGGGUAUCAAAGCAGGCACACUGCAUCAGGGUGUGUUCAAUGUCUCGCCAUACAACUAUCUCGAAGGCACGGUCAAAGUGCCCGCAUUUGACAAGCCACUCCUGAUCCUGGGCAGAGAAAGCAGCAACAGGUCCAUAUCGGGCGAUGUGGUUGUCGUUGAAGUCCUUCCGAAAGAGCAGUGGAAAGCUCCUUCGACCCAGAUCCUCGACGAAGAGGCACUCAACCAGAACGACAACCCCGAGGACGAAGAACAAGAAGAAAGCGUUGUUACCGAGAAUGAACGCCGAGCCUUGCAGGAAGAGGUUAGGAGGGCCCAUACAGCCAGCGCAGAGUCCCGAGCACAACCUACCUGUCGAGUGGUUGGAGUGAUGAAGCGCAAUUGGCGACAGCUGGUCGGAACUAUUGACGCAGCAUCUGGGACUGCCUCGGGCACCCGACAGACCACCGUGUUCCUGGUACCGAUGGACAAACGCAUCCCCAAAAUCCGUAUUCGGACAAGACAAGUUGAUGAUCUUGUCGGGAAGAGAAUUGUCGCAGCUAUUGAUUCAUGGAAUAGAGAUACGAGAUACCCUAUCGGUCACUACAUUCGGUCUCUGGGUGAAUUGGAGACGAAAGAGGCCGAAACCGAAGCACUCCUUCUCGAGUAUGAUGUUCAGUACAGGCCAUUCCCCAAAGCUGUACUGGAUUGUCUUCCGGCUGAAGGGCAUGACUGGAAAGUCCCAGCUGAUCAAGGCCACCCGGGUUGGAAAGGGCGGCAGGAUCUCCGGCAUCUGCUUGUUUGCUCGAUCGACCCACCUGGCUGUCAAGACAUUGACGAUGCUCUACAUGCCAGAAAGCUUCCCAACGGCAAUUUUGAAGUUGGAGUCCACAUCGCAGAUGUGUCACAUUUUGUGAAGCCCAACAAUGCCAUGGACGCUGAGGCUUCUUCCCGCGGAACCACUGUAUACCUGGUCGACAAGAGAAUCGACAUGUUGCCAAUGCUUCUCGGAACAGAUCUCUGCUCCCUCAAGCCAUAUGUCGAGAGAUACGCAUUCUCUACCUUGUGGGAACUCACACCAGAUGCCGAGAUUGUGUCAUCAUCUUUCACCAAAUCUGUCAUUUUGUCCAAGGAAGGCUUUUCUUAUGAGCAGGCACAGAAAAGAAUCGACGAUCCAUCUGCCACCGAUGAGCUUACGCAAGGUAUGAGGGCACUUCUGUCCCUUUCCCAAAAGCUUCGCCAGAAGCGAAUGGACGCUGGAGCGUUGAACCUCUCCAGCCCGGAAGUCAGGAUCGAAGCCGAUAGCGAAUCAUCGGAUUCGUUGGCUGAUGUCAAGACAAAAGCACACCUUGCCACGAAUUCUUUGGUCGAAGAAUUCAUGCUUCUCGCUAACAUCACCGUGGCCAAGAAAAUCCAGACUGUCUUUCCCCAAACUGCUUUGCUUCGACGACAUGCGACUCCCCCUGCUUCCAAUUUCACGGAUCUCGGUGAACAACUAAAACGAAUGCGGGGAUUUGAACUUGACGUGUCGAGUUCCAAGGCACUGGCUGAUUCAUUGGACAAAUGCAUCGACCCCCAGCACCCGUUCUUUAACACCCUGAUCCGAAUCAUGGCCACACGCUGUAUGACAUCAGCGGAAUACUUUUGCAGUGGCUCUCAUGCUGAGCCGGAGUACCGACACUAUGGACUCGCUAGCGAAAUCUACACUCACUUCACUAGCCCGAUUCGACGGUAUGCUGAUCUUCUUGCUCACCGCCAGCUUGCCUAUGCGAUCGGUUAUACUGGCGAGGGCAGUGAUAUUGUCGAUGAGGGGCUUCGGAACAAGGGCAAGCUGGAGAGGGUGUGUCAAAACCUGAAUUUCAGGCACAGAAAUGCUCAAAUGGCAGGCAGAGCAAGCAUUGAAUAUUAUGUGGGACAGGCACUUAAAGCACGCGCAGAGAAGACACCUGAUGCCGCUAUCAACGUUGACGGUUAUGUCAUGCGUGUCUUUGAGAAUGGAAUAGUUGUCUUCGUGCCCCAGUUUGGCAUUGAAGGACUGGUUCGCCUUGAAGAUUUUGAGAUGAGGUCUGAAGAAGACUCGCGAAGGGAGAGCAAGUUUGAUGCCGACAACUACAGCCUAACAGUUUUCGAAAAAGGAAGAGAGGAGGUAUCGGUCACUGUUGAGUUGUUUCAGCAGCUCAAAGUCAGGGUCAGUUCUGAGGAGAAGGGCGGUGCUAGAGAAAAGGGCAAGAGAAGGGUCAGGAUCAUUGUGUUGUCUACCUAGAUGACGCGAAAUUCUCUCGGAAUUUAAGUAGUGCUCCCCAGAUGCCC